AUAAGAGGUAGGACGCGUUUACGAGCGUCAGUUCGUAUGCGGUGUAACUUGUAAAUGGAUUGUCGUUUAUGUUUGUUCUCUCUCGUAGUUUCUUUCGCUGUUGAUUUUUAACGCAAGUGCUUCUAAGAUGUCAUUCGAAGAGCCGCUGAUAGUUGAAGCGGUGUACUUGUACGUGAAGGAGAAUGCUGAGACCCAUCGCACCUUCAACUUCGAGAUGGUCCACCAGGAUCCGGCGAUUCCCGUCCUCCGACGAGGACAGGCCUUCCACAUGGCCCUGAGAUUCAACCGCGAGUACGUGGACGAGACCGACAUCGUCCGGCUGCUCUUUAGCUUCGGCCCGAACCCCAACGUGCUACGGGGCACCAGGGGAGUGAACACGGUCACCAGGAGGGAGACUUAUCUGACCGAUUUGGAGGCUUGGGGCGUUCGCAUGGUCGGCAUGCACGGGAUGGACCUGUCCGUCGAGGUCAGGAGUCCGAUCGACAGUCCCGUCGGCGUGUGGCAACUGAACGUGGAGACCAACACCCUCGGCAGAAGAAAAGCUCCGAAUACUUACAGCUACGAUCAAGAUAUCUACCUACUCUUCAAUCCAUGGAUGAAAGAGGAUUUGGUGUAUAUGGAGGACGAGCAACUGCUCGACGAGUACAUCCUCAACGACGUCGGGAAGAUAUGGGUGGGUCCGUGGGGUAGUUCCCGUGGCAGAGAAUGGGUCUUUGGGCAGUUCGACGCGUGUGUGUUACCAGCUUGCCAGUUGUUACUCGAGAGAUCCGGUAUCAAGGCGAUUUCCAGGGGCGACCCGGUCAAAAUGGCUCGGGCAAUCUCGAAAAUCGUGAACUCUAACGACGAUAAGGGUGUGAUAACCGGCCGCUGGGACGGCGAGUACAGCGACGGCACCGCGCCGGCUGCCUGGACCGGAAGCGUGCCCAUUCUCGAGCAGUUCUUGGAGACUGGCAAUGAAGUAAACUACGGUCAAUGCUGGGUCUUCGCCGGUGUCGUCACCUCGGUGUGUCGCGCCCUGGGAAUCCCGUCGAGAGUGGUGUCCAAUCUGGUGUCGGCCCACGACGCCAAUGCUUCGCUAUCGGUGGACCGUUACUACGAUCUAAACAACGAGGAGCUCGAGUACGACCCGAACAACCUCAUGGGCGAGGACUCCAUCUGGAACUACCACGUGUGGAACGACGUGUGGAUGGCGAGACCGGACCUCCCCAAGGGUUACGGGGGCUGGCAGGCCAUCGACGCCACUCCCCAGGAAACGUCGGAAAACGUUUAUCAGUGCGGACCAGCCUCGGUGGAGGCCAUUAAGGAGGGUGCCGUCGGUUACAAUUACGACGUGACCUUCUUGGUUGCGUCCGUGAACGCGGACUUAAUGAGAUGGAAGGAGGAUCCGGAGAGCGAUCUAGGAUAUUCCAAGAUCGACUGUAACAAGUAUCACAUCGGCCGAAUGAUUCUAACGAAGGCGCCGUGGAUCUUCGAUCCUAACGGAGACAAGGAUAGGCAAGACAUAACAUCGCUUUAUAAAGCCAAGGAAGGCACCGAGGUCGAGAGAUUGACCCUAUACAGGGCGGUACGCAGCACCGAGAUGGCGAAGAGAUUUUACUCGAUGCCGUCGCCGGGUAAAGAGGACGUCGAGUUCGAUCUUAUCGAGCUCGAACGCGUCAACAUCGGCGAGCCGUUCGCCGUGACCGUGAACAUAAAGAACAAGUCCGACGAGACGCGCACCAUUCAGGCUAUUCUGUCAGCUGGUAGCGUUUAUUAUAACGGACUUAAGGCGAACCUGGUGAAGAGAGCGUCCGGCGAUUUUGUGCUUCAGCCGAACGGCGUGGAACAAUUAAGGCUCAGCGUGACGGUCAACGAUUACCUGGACAAGCUGGUGGAGUAUUGCAUUAUGAAGCUAUAUUGCAUUGCCUCAGUUAAGGAAACCCGGCAAACUUGGGCAGACGAGGAUGACUUUCAGGUUCUAAAGCCAAAUAUCGAUGUCAAGAUUGAAGGUGAACCAGUAGUUGGGAAACCAUCGACCAUCACGUUGGGCUUCAAGAAUCCUUUGAAGAGGACCUUGACCAAUUGCCAAUUCAACUAUGCCGGGCCUGGUCUCUCCAGGAACAAGACCUUGACCUUCAGGGACGUCGGGCCGGAGGAGGACGUUUACGUGGAGCAUCAGCUCGUGCCGCAAAAGCCUGGGGAGCAGAAGAUAAUCGCCACUUUCACUUCGAAAGAAUUAGUCGACAUCACCGGUUGCGCAACCGUCGAAGUCCUCGAGGACGAAUAAAUAGCUGCGUGAUGAUUUGAGUUCAUUUCGACCUGAAAUUAAACCAAUCGCUAUACUAAGAGUGUCAGGUGCAUCUGGCUGAAUCAUCCGGUCAGCGUGAUAACGAAUUAUUUUAGUCUUAUCUAAAUAUUAUGCGUGAAUAACGUCUAAGUGAUAAUUUCUGCAAAUUUGUCUCUUGUAAAUGAUUUGCAUUGAUCAAUUUCGAAUAUUAUUUUUCUAGCAUUAAAUGUCUAAAUAAUAAUAAGAGAUUUAAUUUUGUGAAAAAUAGUACAUGAUAAAAUUAAUGAGAAAUUUGCAUUUAUAAUGCGCAGGGGAUUAUCAAAAGCGUGCCGAAAUAAAUAAUCCUCGUUUU